AACACUAUGCAUCAAGCGACUGAGUUUAUUUGUGUUUAUACCUUUGUGAAUACAAAUAAAUGAUGCUGUGCUAUGAGAUUAGCGCCGAUCACUUUAUAUUCUUUACAAAUACUACUCUGUGUUUCAGCACCAAAUGUGUUCAUAGUUGAUGAAGAAGGUAGAACUGUCUCCGACAUGAUAGGCCCUCUUGAUGAAGGUUCGCGUCUUUCACUGUUUUGUGAAACGAGUGGAGGUAUUCCCUCUAUUGUCACUUGGUGGCGAGAUUCAUUCCUGCUUGAUGAUAGCUUUGUUACUAUGCCUAGAGGAGUUGUUCGAAAUGAACUGACUUUGGCAUAUUUGGACAGGAGAGAUUUGAUGUCAACUCUCACGUGCCAAGCUUCUCUUCCGAAUGCAACUGAACCAUCGAAAACAUCAAUUAGUUUAGAUUUGAACUUAAAGCCACUAAAUGUCCAUAUAACAACACUCCAACGUCCACUGUCUGCUGGUAGGUGGACCGUAAUGAAGUGCCAAUCAAGUGGUUCAAGGCCUCCUGCUAUCAUAACUUGGUGGAUUGGGAGCAGACAGCUUUUAAAUGUUUCAGAGACAAUUUAUGAUACCACUACAAUCAGCAAACUUAUGUAUGUGCCUACUGCUGAUGAUCACAAUCGUGUUUUGUCAUGCAGAGCAACAAAUCCGGUCAUGGAUGGGAAUAUAUUAGAAGAUCAUCGUGUCCUAAAUAUACAUUAUGUUCCGUCAUUAUCAGUAACAGUUGGAGCACCUCAUGCAUACAUUAUGGAAGGGGAUAUUGUUUAUUUUGACUGUAACAUAGAUGCUAAUCCUCCUGCAACAGAAGUUGGAUGGCGAUUUGGUGAUGACCCCAUUUAUACUGAUGUUAACACCGGUAUCAAAGUACAGAAUAGGUCACUCCUUUUACAUCAAAUAAAUAGAAAACAGUCUGGAAAUUAUUCUUGCAUUGCUGCCAAUUCUGAAGGAGAAGGCAUAAGUGAUAGUGUUGUGAUUAAUGUUCAAUAUGUUCCUUAUUGCACUGCUAAUCAACGAGUUUCAUACGGAGUUGCUCUUCGUGAUUCUGUGGAUAUUGUAUGUGAAGUGGAAGCAUUUCCUGAAUAUGUGAAGUUUCAGUGGUAUUUAAACAACACACUUCGACAAAUUCCACUGAAGAAUUUUAUAGUCAAUGGCACCGUAAGCAUUUUGCAGUAUGUUCCAAAACGAGAAAGUGAUUAUGGUCAUUUAAUGUGCCUUGCAGAGAAUGGUGCUGGGUUACAAAAAGAAGCUUGCUGUUUCAAAAUAUCUCCAGCAUCUGUUCCUAGUCCUGUAGAAAACUGUAUCGUAAGUAAUGAGACCCUUAGUUCAGCAUUUGUAAGUUGCAGUCCUGGAUAUGAUGGAGGACUUUCACAAGAAUUCCAUAUAGAGUUGUAUAGCUCUAAAGGCUUGGUGGCUACAUCUAAAGAGAAAAGUUUACCCGAGUUUCAGAUAAAUGAGUUGCCUCAGGGUACUUCAUUUAUUGCUGUUGUGUUUGCUACUAAUGAUUUGGGUAGAAGCAAUGCUGUUGCUUUUAGUGUUGUAACAAAAUCUGAUGCAGUACCUGACAAAGAUGCAAUACUUAUACCAAUCAGUCCAGCAUUGGGUGCAUUGAUAGCUGUCAUUGGAAUCCUAGUAUCUGUUGCAGUAUUUAUUAUCUUGUGUUCAAAGCGUUGGUCAACCAAAUUAGGAGAGGAUGUUCAAGAAACUCCAGCUGCAUGGGAAGAAGGAGAACUCAAACCUGGUCAUCAGCACAUUUAAGAAAGAUUCACUUCACUACUUAGCCACCAUAUGUGUUCAAAAAUCAGAUUUUAUAAUGCAAUAUUUUUAUCAUGUAAUAUUUUUGAAUAUUAGUUGAUUUGCUAGACAUAACAUGCAAUUGUUUAUUUGCUAGAAGUCAAGCAAAAGUAAACUUAUUAUAAAGGGGAGAUUAGGCCACUUUAUGCAAUAACUGAUGACCUAUUGAUUCCACAUGGUAUGUCCAGGCUUUCAUUUCUAUCAAUUUUUUAUAUUUCCUUUUUAUUAUUUAAAGCUGAAAACGCAAAGCAAAUGCCCUGUCUAAUGGAUUUGAAAAAUAUUCGGAAGUAAAAAAUUUUCUAGUUACAAUCACAAUUAAGUUAUGAAUCAUAUUUUAGUAAUUUUCAUGGACAUAUUAAAAUUAAUAUUUUAAAGUAGUGAAGUGAUAAUAUAAUUAUAGUAUUUUACAGAGUAAUCCUUAUUAACAGAUUCUCUUUUAUUAAAAGAAUUAUUUAUAUACUUUUAUUAUUUUCUAUUGUUUGUCAUGUUUCAGGAAUUUUUUUUUAAUUUUAAUUUAUCGUUCUUGAUAGCAUUGUGAAUGCUUGAAGUGAGAAGGCUAUUUUUAUUAAAAAAGAAUAGUAUGUUGAACUAAGAAUUAAGAUUAAUAAAUGCAUGCAAAUGUGUUGUAAAAUAAAUUCAUGGCAAGGGAAAACUGAAUUAGGUAAUUUUUGAAAGAGUUUCAUUUGGGAAAGGUAAUCAGAAGUAAUUUACAAUUAACAAAAACUUUUCCUCGUUUGUCAUUUUAUUACACAAUUUUUACAGCCAACUUCAUAUUUUUCCUUCUAUUAACCCUUUAGUAAAACUGCUAUUGUUUGUUAUUUUUUCAAAUUUGAUUUUUUCACUUUAACAUGCAAAAGCAGGUUAAAUUAAGUACCAACUAGUAUUAUUUUAAAUUCCUCCCUUCCUAAAUUUUAUAACUCUUGGAUUUAAAUGUAUGAGUAAAAAUAUUAGUUUAUUAAAUUGUUUAGUGUAUAAAAUAUGAAAGUUGAAAUUCUGUGCUUUAUUAUAUUCAAAGAGUUUCUUUGAUCUGGACAUACCCUCGUUUGAAAACAAAUUUAAUUUAUUCUUGUCAUUUUUAUAAAAGAUUUUAAUUUAUGCUAGUAUAAUUCUUUGAUCUGGACAUACCCUUAUUUGAAAAGAAAUUUAAUUUAUUCUAGUCAUUUUUAUAGAAGAUUUUAAUUUAUUCUAGUCAUUUUUAUAGAAGAUAAAAUUAUAGAAUAAUAUUUUCUCUGUGAUCAAGAGUUAUUGAAAGUAUGAUUUCAUGACUAUUGUAAGCAUUUAAACCUUGUCAAAUGUAUCCUUGUACACAAAGGUAAACUGCUGAAAUUUAUCUUUUAUAGAAAUAAUAAAUAAUAAUAUGAAAUUUUUAUUGGUCUAUAUUCAUAAUCCUGAAUGUCUUAUUUUGAGAAUUUAUCUUUAGAUCCUUUUUGUACUAUUGUUUAUAGCUUGUUCUACAUUACCUUUUUGAUGCUGUGCAUCUCUUAAUGGAUUAUAUUCAGACAUGAUCAUCAGUUGUCAAUUGAUAUCCAGUUUGCAUUAUGAAUUCUAGCACAUGGUAAAUAUUACUUCAGUAUAACCUUUAUUUGUUUAAUUACUCUGUAAAUUUUGUAACAGUGUAUUUAAAUAAGUGAAUGAGAUUUUCAAAUAGCUGUACAACUACAUUUAUGGCAAGAUCUGAAACAAUUCACUAAUUGUAAAUUCUGUUUCUCAAAAAAUAUUUAAAGGAAGUCUAUUACUAGUCAGAAGUGUAUGUACAUAUCUUAGAGUAUCUUAAAUUUUGAUACAAAAUGAAAUUAAAUUAUCAAGAAAUUUUUAUUUAAAAUUUAAAACAUGGAUAUCAAGACUGUGAACAGUCAUAAGAAUCUUUUUUUUUUUUUUUAAAAAAGGGGGGAUGUGUUUAAAAAGCAUUGAGAUUUAAUUAUUCAAUUUUAAUUUAUUUUUACGAGAUCCAGGCAAAAUUAGUAAAAAUUGCAUGUUUUUCUUAACUGAAUGUGAGAGAGAAGAAAAAGUAUGUUUGAAAUGUAUGUAAUGAAAAAGAUUUGUUAAUGAAAAAAGAACAAAAGUUAAUUAGAUAAAACCUUUUAUUUGAAAGUGUAUAUUUUGAGGCUAUUAUUCCUCACAACAUUAUCGGCAUUAAUGGGCUUAUUGUAUAGGGAUAUAAAGUUUUGUGUACAAUUAUCAUAUACUUUUAAUAUAUAGAGAAAUGCUGUUACCAUUUGCUAGAGUUUCUUUUUCAUUGUCAGAAAAAGUAUAAUAUCACUCCAAAACUCUUUUUUAAUUUUGUGGAAAGAUGGUAAUUGUUGGAGAACUGAGUUAGUACAGCAAGCCAGAUGUUUCUGAAUUUCCUGCUAAAAGUUGUGAAGCAGCUGCUAUGCAAAUGCAGUGACACAUGGUUGGAUAUUAUCAUGGAUUGCGAUUGUAACAAUUGGACAAGAAAAGUUUCCUGCAAUUUCAAGUUACUUUUUUCUUUUUCUUUGGUAUUUUGAAAUAUGUGUUUCCAUUAAUGGUUUGAGUAUAAGCAUAAAAUAAAUAAAUUGGAAUGAACUGUGUCUGUCUCAGAACAUGCUAAUAAUUAUUUCUGUGUGAACCACUUUGCUUUCUUCUAUUUGGUGGGAGAAUGAUAUCAUGCCAUGGAUUUUCAUUUGUACUUAAGCAUAGAGCACCUCAUAAUCAAAAAAUUAAAAUGUUUUAAAAUAUGAAUCCCCCCACUUCAAAAAGCAGCAUCUCUUAAGAAAGCUGUCAAAGUAUAGUGUCAGUUUGUUUAUUUAAUAACAAAUUUUUAUUUUAUUUGAUAAAUAAUGCAUCUCAGUAUCAGUUUAAGUUAGAAAGUAAUUACCUUCAUUUGUAUAUUGCAUUAAAAGUGUCAAUGCAGUUUCUUUUUUUCUGUGGGUAUUUUCUUCUAUAAACAUGUGUAACACUCACCUGGUAUAAACCUUUCUGUAAUUAAGAGGAUGUGUAACAGUAUCACAUGUAACAAAUGUUUAAACUCUGCACAAAGUUCAUCGAUGACAAUCACAUUGCAUAACACACCAAACAUAUAUUUGACUGAUGCCUCCUGAUUUUCUUUCAAAUGAAUUAGUGAAGUGAGGAAUGCAAAACUCUGUCUUUUGGUAUUACAAAGGCCUCAAUGAAUGCUUAUUGGAAUAAUAGCCAAGAGUAUCUACUUUAAAAAUAGAUAGGUUUUAUUCAACUAUAUUCUUUUAUUACCACACAAGUAAUACUUUCUUAACACACCUCAUGAUAAAAGAAAUAAAGGUGUUGUGAAAGAUGAGGAGAAUUUUUUCCUCUUUUUAGCAUUUUCAGAAAGUUGCAAAAAUGUUGUGCCUAAUUAUGUAAUUAUUCUUUAUUUCAGUUGCUAAAUAAUACUAGAACCCUGUUUAUUUGCAUAUAAGUAUAUGAACAAAAGUAUGCUUACUUUCAUAAUAUUCUCUGUAUAUUCAGCCAUGCAGUUUUUAAAUAUCAUAGUGCAUAUUUUAAUUAAGCUUUUAAAAUUCUUCAUAUUUAAAUAUAUAUUCUCCACUGCAUAUAUUAAGUAUAUUAUAAUUCAGAAAUUGAUAAUUAAAUUGCUUUGAUACAUGUUUAAAGUUAUUAAUGCAUAUAUUCAAGUGUUUAUCUGUUCAAACAUGAUACAAUAGUCAAUCGUCCUGAAAAACUUCGUACUGAAAAUUGAGGAAACAAAUCUACAUUUUGGUAACUUCUGAUUUUGCAGUUUUUAUGGGUCAAAAGUAAAGUCUUUCUGACUGCUAAUGGAAGAGUAAGAUUAAUUGUUAUUUUCUGUGAAUUAUUCUUUUUAACUACACUUUAAGCAUUUUAGAUUUGGCAAAAAUAUUCUAAACUUGUGUACGGUAAAAACAUUCUUCCAAAGUAGAUAGUUCAUAUAGAUAAGGUACAUUUCCUGCAUUAUAAUUCUCUACUAAAUAGAAUAAAUAAACUGAAAAAUUUGUUAAAAACUCUCUUGAAGUUAAAAAUUAAAAUAGAUUUUUUUCUUUAAAAUUUAUCUCUUAAAUUGGUACUUACCAGUGUAGCAGCUUAUAUUUUUAUUAAUCUAUUAUGGAAACUUGUUAUGACAUAAACUAAUGAACUUCUUAUGAGAUCUAGCCUUCCUUAUGGUUGCUUGAAAAUCAUUUGCUAUGCCUUAUAUUCUUGAUUUUCAAUUUACAUAUGAAAUGCUAAUGAUAGACAUUAAGUGAUUUGUAGUUAAGAAAAAUUUGUUCCUUAAUAUUCUAUGUACCAGAUAAAGUUUUUUUAGGGGGAGAAUUCCCAGUCUGCAGAUAUUGACUUAACUGUGAGUAAUAUGUCAGAAAUAUGUAGCUAAUAAGGACUGAUAUGUUCCGAGAAUUUCAGAGAUCAUUACUCAUCUGCUGGCUGUUUAUUCAUGAUUGUUGUAUUUAAAGUAUUCUUUGUAAUGCAAAACAGCAGGUUAUAAAAAUACUUCAUAUGUAUAAGAAUAUGUUUGUUUUUGGCAUUAUCAUUACUUAUUAAAAACAUUUAUUGUAAAAAUUUGAAUAAAUAAUUGUAAAGCUAAAAUAAUAAUAAGAGAGUAAAUUAUAAACUGUAAAGCUUUAAUUAUUCUUGAUACAGUUAAUCAUAUUAUGUGAUUUUUCACAUGUGUUUUUCUUUUUACUCAUAUUACAGUAAAUUUAUUUUGUAAAUAAUUGUGAUUUAUAUAUUUUAUUUAUUUAUUUAUUGCUAAUUUUCUGUCUGAUUUCCAUUAAUUGGCCUGCUUCAAGCUUCAAUCCAUAAAAUAACUUGUUUUGAAUAUCAUUUUGAUGCAAUUAUAUUUAUGCUGUCAUGUAUAGCAAUUUCUUUUUGGGGGGGCGGAGGUUAAUUUUAAUGAAUUGUAUUUAAUUUUCAUGUUCUUAGUAUUCCACCUGUGAAUGACGUUACUACAGAGUUAAAUUAUUAAUUAUGAUACUGUAAAUGCUAUAUUCCUUCGAUUUGAAGAAUGGCGUUUUUUUCUUUCAUUCAAUUGUCACUAAAAACUAGUACAUGUUAGAAAUGAUAGGCCCUAAUAAUUAUCGAUAUCUCCAUGUUACUAAUUAUUCUAAAGUAAUAAAACUUUUCAAAAUGAUUAAUUUAAAUAGAAAUACUGUUGUUUCUAAUAAAUAAGCAGUUAUUAAAAAUAUUUUCUGAUUGUAUUUGAAUUUUCGUUUCACUUAUUUGAUUGUCUUGGACUCAACUACGUAAUUGUUUUUUUUUUGUUGGUACUACUGUAGCUGAGGGAUGAAUCUUAGAAUGGAAUUUAAAAAAGGAUCUGGCAACAGUAACAACAAAAAAUUACUGAUUCUUACUAGGGCAUACUUUCUCGCAUGCACUGUCAUGAAUUUGAAAUUUUGAUGUUACUGGAAACUCUUAAUACCUCACAUUUGCAUUUACAUCAGUUUGGGUCAAGUUCAACAUUUUUCAGUAAUAAUUGGAAAAUAUUUCCAAUCUUAAAUUUACUUCAGCUUUAUCAAGAUCCUUGUAUUCUAGUCAGUUUUAGUGUGAAUGAAAAUAAAUGCUCUUAUAUUAUUAUUAAGCAAGACUUGGUGACAUUUUACCAUGCUCGUGUCAACUACCUGUAUAUGUUAUCCAGUUUCUCUAACUGUUAACCAAGAACAAACAGAUUUAGUGAUCAUACACAAUGGAAUGCCAUUUAUUAGUAAUCAGUUUGCACAGAAGUUUUUGUUAAGUGCUUAAAUACAUUAUUCUCUGCUAUUAGCUGCUUCAUAUCUGUAAGAAAGAUUAAAGUUUCAAGUGAUGAAGAAAAUGCUAUUUUCUAAUGCAGAAAGAGAUUUCUUAAUGAAAUAAGUAAUUUUAUCAAAUGCAUGCUGUCUGAGUGUAGGUUAUGGAAAGUAUAGUAUGGACAUAGUAUUUACACUGUGGUGUGGUUCAAAUCUAAUCUGAUCAAUUUUGAAGAAAAAAUUGUUAAUGGUUUUGUAAUGUGUUCCAAACAUAAAUGCAUAUUUGGAGACUUCUAAUUUAAUAUUUCAUAAAGAUUUUUUUUAUAAAUUAGUUGAUCACUCUAAAUAGAAUAAUUAUAAAAUGCAAAACAAUAUUCUAGCUUUCAGUAACUUCUGAAACAAUAUUUUAAUAUUGAAAUAAAAAGAAGGUACUUAAUGCAAACUUUUCAUUAAGAAAAUUAUAAAGUAUAUGAUAAAUGGAAAUAAAUAUAUCUAUUGGUUUCACUGUUGUCUUAAUCACAUUAAAAAAUUUCAGUGAUAAUGAUUCAUGUUAGAAUAUGAUGCUAUACUAACAUUCAAAAAGAUCUGAAAUAAAAUAUUUAUAAAAUAUUAAACUAAAAUUAUGUCAUAAGCCACCCCUUGAAAAAAGUACCAUCAGGGGAGGAGAGGAAAAGAAUUAGACUUUUGGAAAUGCUGAGUGCAAAAGACUUGAUCCUGUAUAGGAAUUUAACUCGUUUGAGUUCUGGAAUACCUUUUUUAUCACUUAAACAUUGUUAUAAUUUUUUUUAAUUUUUAUAUCAUGCAUUUUGACAUGUAAAAUUUGAGAAAAUGUGAUCAUUUGUUGUAUUUUUUCAAUUAAAUACUUAAUAAAAGCUACAUUUAUGAUUAAGUAUUGUAUGUAAUCUUGGAUCAAUAAUGUAGUAUGAUGCUUCAAAGAUAAGUUUCUGUGUUUAUGUGUAUAUUAUUGAAUAUGACAUUAUAUUACUAUAUAUUCUCUAAAUAGUACAAAUUCAUUGUGUAUUUUUUAUGAUAUACUUUGAUUUCAAGAAUGUAUCAUGGACAAUGACUUCAUCGUAUAUAAUAUGUUAUAUGAUAUGCUGUGUUCAAACUGUGGGAGAAGGGAAUAACAGAUUGCCCCUGCAUUUUUUAUUCAGGUUGAUUAAUUUAAAAAAAUGUUAAACUGUAUUUUUAUUGCCUAAUAAGAUUGCUAAUAAUGUGUCUGUUUAUUUAUAACAUAUCUUAAAUGUACAUUUUGUAGUACAUUUGUUUCAUUCAGGCUCCAGUUCCACAUGGAACCAUUUAGCUGCAGUCUUUCUGUUUUUAUUUAUCAAUUUAACCCUCUCAGCGUUACGGCCGGAAAAUUCCGCAUAGAAGGCUGCCUUCUAUAUUCAUUAUACAUGAAAAUCUCUGCUACUUUUUAAUGUAUCUGAUUUCGGUUUGGAUGUAUAUUGGAAGAAAAGGAAUCAAUAAUGUAGUAUGAUGUAGUAUAAAAUCAGAGAGUCAUUUUUUAAUUAAAAUCAAGAAAAUACCACUUAUUCAUGACAUUUUGAGGAACUUUGAAAUUUCAGGGAUAAACCCGUAAUGUUCGGACGGUUAAAAUUAUUCUAUGAGAUUGGUACCUCUCCAAAGACAAGAGCAACAACAUGAAGUAAGAUACACCUGUAAAAUCAGAAAUAAUUCCAUUAGUUGUAGCUAAACCUUGCUUCGAACACAUGGGCAGACUAUGGAUCUCUUGAUGAUAGAAACUAGUGGAACAUGAACCAAAGAAAUUAUCCAGUGUAUGCUUCACUUUGUUGAUGAACCAUUAUCCUUACAGAUUUGGUUAUUUAACAAAUGAUAGCUGCCUACCCUGAAAUUUGAAAAAUCAGGAGUUCAACCGCCAGAAAGCAGAAGUUUCCAGAAAAUUUUCAUGCUACACGGCAGCACCAUUUUAAAAGAAUGCAAAAUUGAUUUAAAUUUAUUUUAUAAUGCACGAUAAAUUAAAUUUUAAUUUAAAUUUGCUUUAUAAUGCACAGUUUAUUCAACUAUAAUGAUUGUCACCUUAAAAUUUGUUAAUAUUAAAUUACAUAUUCUAAAUUUUUUGUUUUUGUCUAAUGGUAUUUUGUAAUUUUCUUAAGCUUUUAUAUUGAGAAGAUUCAGAGUAGGGAGAGAAAGCUUUAAUUUAUCAAAACACUUAUAAAUAUGGUAAAAGUACAAUUAACAAUUAAUGUACAUAUUGUUGUGUGGAUAAACUUAGUAAUGAACCAUAUAUUUGUAAGAUAUUAUCUCUCUCCUUACUACAUGCUUUUGUGGCAUAAUUGGAAACACAUCCAACUAACAAUUAGGAUGUCCAAACCUUGAAUUUCGGUGAGGGUAUUGCACAUUUUUUAAAGUUCCUGCCUCUAAAAAAAUUUUAAAAAUUGCUCUGCAGUGGAAUCCAUCUACAGUACAUUAAAGCAAUUAAGAUCAAAUAAAAUUUAGUAAGAAAAAUUAUGCUGAAGGUCAUUAAGGAUGGAUUUGGGGGGGGGAUGAAAUUCGGACAAAUUAGGCUUUUAAUGAAACUUAAAAUGUGCAAAAUGUAUUGCUGAAAAACACUUUCUUUAGUAAAGGUUAAAAAUUAGAAACCAGGAGCUGUAUUGAAAAACUAGGAGAACUGGCAGCUAUGCAAAUGUAACAAAUGCCAAUUCAAUGAUGUAAUGUCCAGGGAAUCGAAUCCCAGAAGGCAUGAUUUUUUUUAAGUAUACAGAGUGUGUGCAGCAAGGAAGCAUUCAAAAUGUACAGUGAGCUGUUGUAGGGAAAGAAGGUGGGACACUUUCAAGAUCAUGGAUGCUCCUAGCAAUAUAAGCAGUGUCCCAACCCAAAAUUUCCAGAUUUGUGUAAUGUAGACUCAUUAUCUUUCAUCUAGGAAAAACAUACCAUUCAGAUAAAGCAUAAAUUUAAAACUUUUAGAUUAUUAGAAAAGUCAGGCAUAAGCUGAGGUUUUUUUCAAACUAAGAGAUGGAGAGUAGAAACAUCCAGUAUUGACAAAACUGAUUAUUAUUAUUAUGGUUACCUCUUAAUUUGCUUGCUUGCUUGCUUUGUUAAAAAUUCAUUUAAUUAUAUGGCUGACAUUAUACAGAUUAAGAACAUCCUUGAAUAUUAAUACCCCAGAUCAGGGGUUCUCAACCGGUGGUUCGCAAGAGAGAUCUAUAGGUGGUGCAAAGUAUUUUUAACUACUAAAUUCAAAAAUUAAAACCCUAUCACCCUGAUUGAGAUUUUUUCUCUAACACUUAUAAAUUUAUGCGAUCUGAGCUUUGUUUAAGAGUGGUGGUGGUAAUAAUACUUUGUAGUGGUGGUACUAAAGAUUUUCGAUUUUUGUUUAGAUGGUACACAUUAGUCAAAAGGUUGAGAACUGCUGCCCUAGAUGUUAUGUGAUUUUUAAAAAUAGUAUUCAUCUUCAAUAGAAGUGAAGGUUUUGGAUUGUAAAAUCCUACUGAAGAUCCUAUUGGUAAAAUUUAGUGAAUAACUGAACAGCUUAAUUUUUUUUUUUACACUCAAUGAACCAUUUUGAUCGAACAGUUCCUUAUCUCCAACACCUGUUAAAAUUAUGUUUAAUGUGAUAUUUAACUGAAAAACGCCAAAAUUUAUUUCUAAUUUAACUUUGUUGGCAAAGAAAACUAUCAUUGCAACAGUUCCCAAAAACUUAUAGUCAGUGUUAUGAAAUAUAAAUUAAUGUUUUACUAUAUUAAAAAAGUUACCACUUUUUUGCUUGAUGAAAUUUUUUUAAAUAUCUAAGUAUGCAUAUAUAUAUGUAUUUGACUUUAAUAAUCUGCAUUAUUUAAAAUUAAAAUGGAUUUUUGCACCACUGUAGUUUUCAGGAUUUUUGAAAUGGGGUUGCAAUCAUAACUCCGUAAAUGGUAUUGUUAGUAUAUGUGAUAAAAUAUGAAUAGCAAAUUGCUUAAAAUAUUUCAGCUUUACUGAUAAAACAUACACAAAUUCAGUGCUUAUUAUGCCAAUUUGUUUUUGGUAAGAGUUUUUCCCUGUGUAUAACACAAAAAAGUUUUGUUCAUUAUAAUUUAUCAAGUUAAUAACCUUUUAUCUUAUUACUUUAAUGAAGAAAAAAAGGCCAUGAUUUUUACCAAACAGUUAAUUGCUUAGAUUAUAUUUAUAGUGGCAUAUGCUGUAACAUUAAAAAAAAAAAAAAAAAGUAAACCUGAUAUUAUGAAAUGUUUCAUAUCAGGUUUUCUUUUUCUCAGAUGUUAUUGAAGUGAAUAAUAAUUAUAAAAUUUGAUAUAGAAUGGGAAGUUUUGAAAAUUAUUAAAGCACUGAUAUGACAGGGAAAAAAAUUCUCUUUAAAAUAAAAUUUUUGAGAAAACAAUUCCCGUUAAACGAGCAAAUAUUUUAUAAUUUAAUGACUAAUUAAAGCUGCGUUAUGCCUUCUUCAUUCAUCAACAAAAUCUCAGUUUUUUUUUUUCUGGCAGUUUGCAAUAAAUGAAAAUAAAACAAGACAUCAGUUACAGUCUUCAUUCACGAAUGGAUUUCUUCUGAAGAAAGGAAUGGAUCCUUUUCCUGAUAAGACUGUGAAACAAAUAUGCUUUUGUCAUUGUCAAGUAGACACAAACCAUUGUCUCAUCAUUUUCAAAGCUGAUAGAAAUGAAUGACUUAAUGCAGUGCAAUUGAAUAUUUCUCACAACUGUUUACACGUUUGACCAUUAUCAACUGCAUUCAAUUCUCUGUGUGUAAGGCCCAUGUGGGCAUCUCAUAUAUGAUGAGUCUAUGAUGAAUUAAUCUCCACUCUUGUUAAGCAACUAUUAGAUCUCUUUUGUUUUAGUUUAAACUCAAAAACUGCAGGUGCUUGUGUCAAGUUGUUUGUAAUUUUCAUGUUUAAUUAACUCCUAUGGACAUACUUGUUGGGAUCACAAUCAGCAAGCUGCAUGAAGAAACACUUAUUAAGCAAGUUAUCUUUAUUUUAUUUGCUUUACCUUAGGAAUGAAAGAUGUAAGGUGUGUACACGCGGUGCUGCCUGUAUAAAAUAUGACAGAAUUUAUGCUUUUAAAGGCAUUCUUUCUAAAAUAAAUAGCCAUUAAGUAAAUAGCACUUAUGUGCAAUAUGAAAAUAAUGUAAUUAUGAAUUAACAUAAUUUUUCAUGGAAACAUUUACACCUAUUAAGUCAGUAGAUUUUGUUGCAUUCUUCCUUUCUUUUGAUAUAACACUUAACGUUGGACUGAAACAAAGCAAUAAAAUGUGUAAUGCUUUGUGAUUUCUCGGCUGUAAAUAUAUUUUGGUGGUGAUUACAAUGGAAGACGGAUGAAAAUCUGUAUGAUUAUAUCCCUGCCCUCAAAAUGCAAAUUCUUGGUGUCCAGACAGCAAAGUCUGAUCUUAGGAGGAAAGGUUAGAACUUGCUCAAUUUACAAAAACAAUAUUAGACUUUACAUGUAAAAUUGCAUUCUGUAAUAAAUUUAGUUUAGAAAAUGAAAUCCAAAAGUAUUUUCAAAUUGCUACAACUAGAAUUAAUAUUAAUUUUUUAGUUUUCCUUUGCAUUAAAAAUCCAUACAUUGGAUUAUUCAUAUAUCUAAUAUACACCUAUCUCAUUGAGACAAAAGAUUUGUUGAUCUUUAAAGUAGAAUAAAAAAUUCAGAAAUAUCUUUUCUCCCCUUCUCCCAGGCACUGCUUUUUCUAUUGUAACAAUGUAUUUAUCACGUGUAAUGGAUAAUCUCUUAAAAGAAGGAAAAAUAAUUUUUAAAUUUAUUACUUUCAGUAUGUGAGAUUUAUUUGAUAUCAAAUAUUACCGUUUUAGUUAUGAUAUUUAUUUUAUAUACAUUGAUUUGCAGUGGUAGUUAUCUGUGAUAUAUUGGUCUAUGUGAAAGACCAAUUUCAUCUCAUUUACUAUGAUAUGAUUUUUGUAUUUCAUUUGUAGUGAUCUGUGAUACAUUGCUAUAUAAAAAAAAUUAUACAAAUGA